AUGCAACUGGCACAACAUGGCUUGGACGGACACCAAGAUCUGCAACCGCCCGACCAAUCCUACAUUAUCCAGCAUCUUCGAUCUAUCGUACUUCAUUCUUUGGACACUUUCAAUUAUGCUAAUGCGGAGUUUGCCUGUGAACGUCUAUUAGCACUUGAUUCGUCUAAUUUAGAUUCGAUUUAUUUGUUCUGUCUUACAUUAUUCAAAAGAGAGCGGUACAAGGCAUGUUUCAACUUUGCCAGCGAUCGUCCUGACCAUCUUGGAUGUAGUUUCCUCUAUGGUAAACUGUGUUUACAUUUAAAACGAUACAAGGAAGGAAUCUAUCAAUUAUUGAAGGUAUCAUAUUUAUAUAACGAAUCCAAUGUGUUAGACGAUGAAGACGACGACGAGAUUAUUGGGUCUGGCCCACGAUCUGGAUCUGGGUCGAGUUCAAGUUCUGGAUUUGCUUCAUUUGCAACCCCUCUGGCCAAACUUAAUUAUGAAGCACAUCGUUCCGUUGGACCUGAUCUGUCUGCAGUAUACCAUUUACUUGGAGAUUUGUACCGUGGGAUAGGAGACAACAAGAACAGUGCCCUUAGUUACUCCCUGGCUUUGAAAUACAAUCAGUUUGAUUUUGAGGCAUUCCAGAAACUUGCCAAAUUGGGAGUCGAUGUGCGAGUUAAGUCCAUUUACAAACCUGUGGAAUCCUCUAGAAAUGGGUUAUCUUUACACCAUAAUAUCAACAAUAGUAACGUUUUAUCUUCUUCAGGAGGAUUGUUUGGUGGAGGUGGCGGUGGAGCUACCAUUUCAAAUCCAUUUUCAGCCACGACUCCAACAGGUGCAAACACAACAAAUAAUAACAAUAAUAAUAAUAACAACAAUAAUAAUUCUAAUACGAACUUUGAUGACAGUUUUACAGCAACUCCACGUGGGAAGCAACCUUCAGUACAAGAUGCUCCACUUCGAAGGAGCAGUUAUUUUGAUAAUAAUUCGCAUAAACCAUUAAAUGGAGAUAUUUUUACCAAACCUUCAUUCCCCAUCGAAAGUGUCAAUGUUCCAGAUGCUUCCAGGAAAUCUAAACGACAAAGUACAUAUUCCAAGAUCACAUCAAGAUUAACCAAGAGUGGAGACAAUGGCGCCAACAAUGCUAAUACCUCGACUAAUACUACAGGUUCUAGAAUCUCCAAUCCUAGAGCAAUCUUGAAGAGAAACAAUUCCAUAACUGAUCAACAACCAUUACAAUCACAGCAACAACUGCAGCAACAACAAAUAUCGUCUGCGCCGAUACAAUCGUCAUUUGUCACUCAACAUAAUAUCAUCAGCAGUGAUCAGUACCUUUUGAAUCUUUAUGUUGUUUUUGCCAAGAGUUUCAAAUGUAUGAGUAAAUAUGAUUGUUAUAAGGCAAUUCGGAUUUUGGAACUGUUACCUGGACAUGAAAAGGAUACCCCAUGGGUAUUAAGUAAAUUAGGACGGUUACAUUAUGAAAUUGUUAAUUAUAAGCAAUCUGAGCUAUUCUUUAUUAAAUUAAGACAAUUGGAUAGAACAAGAUUAGAAGAUAUGGAAUAUUAUCUGACUCUCUUAUGGCAUCUACAUAAAAAAGUUGAACUUACAUAUUUGGCCAAUGAAUUAUAUGAUCUUGAUAGUGAAUCUGCCAUUACUUGGUGUACUAUUGGGAAUCUCUUUUCAUUAGUUCGAGAACCAGACGAAGCGAUAAAAUGUUUCAACAAAUCCAUUAAAUUGGAUGAAAACUUCACAUAUGCUUAUACAUUGAAGGGACAUGAAUAUUUUAGUAAUGAUAAUUAUGAGAUGGCGUUAGAGAACUUCCGGAUCAGUUUACUAAUUGAUCCUAGACAUUACAACGCAUUGUAUGGGAUUGGGAUGGUAUUUAUCAAUCUUGGCGAUUAUCAAAAGGCAGAUUAUCAUUUCAGAAAGGCCGUAUCGAUCAAUCCAAUCAAUAUUAUUUUGAUUUGUUGUGUAGGGAUGGUUUUAGAAAAAAUGGGUAAGAAACAAUUGGCACUCAAACAAUAUGAAUUGGCUAAUAAACUUCAACCAUUGAAUCCAUUACCUAUUUUCAAAAAGGCACAACUAUUAUUUGCCAUGCAACAAUUCCCACAGGCAUUAAAAUAUUUUGAACAACUAAAGGAUUUGGCACCUGAUGAAGCUAGUGUUCAUUUCCUUUUAGGACAAUUAUACAAGAUUCAUAAUGAGAAAUACAAGGCUAUACGUGAGUUUACCAUUGCUUUACUAUUGGAUCCAAAGGGUAAUUACUUGAUUAGAGAAGCGAUGGAGAGUUUGAAGUGA